AUGCCUUCAGCGUGCUCCGCGGCGACGCCAUGUGUGCGUGCGGGGGUUCAAUGCGUCUGCGUCUCCGCCGCGCGCCAGCGCCGGUCCCACGCCGCUCGCAUCGCGCCGCAGUACUCGACGCAGUCGUCGAGGGUCGCCAGCUCCUCCGCGGUGAGACGCCCGCAGACGUCAUUCCACCCCGCCGCGACGGCGACCACGUCGUCGAUGCCCACCAGCUCCUCUGCGUGGGGGAAGAGGCGGGGGCGGGGACGGUGGACACCGCCAGGCCGCCGACGCCCAUCGCCAAUGGCCCGCGCGAUGAGGUCGCCAUCG